CUCCUUUUCUACAUUCUAAGCUCAGUCUAUUCCUAGCUUCGCGACUUCAUCGCACAAACCUAACUGGGUCAUCCUCGUUCCGCUUCCUAGUCUAGUUUUUGUUCGCCAGAACCCGUCGUCCAGAUGGCUCCUAAGGUCGAGGGAGAGCAGAAGGCUGCCAAGAAGGGCCCGAAGAAGGAGCCCGCUGCUAAGAAAGCCGUUCCCGCAGGAAAGAAGCCCAUUGGAGAGAAGAAAGAGAAGAAAAAGGCUCGAAAGGCCGUCACGGAGACGUACAAGAUCUACAUCUACAAGGUGCUGAAGCAAGUGCAUCCAGACACGGGUAUUUCGUCCAAGGCCAUGUCGAUCAUGAACUCGUUCAUCAACGAUAUCUUCGAGAAGCUCGCGACGGAGGCGUCGAAGCUUGCGCGGUACAACAAGAAGCCGACCAUUACGUCUCGCGAGAUCCAGACGGCUGUUCGGCUGACGCUGCCUGGAGAGUUGGCAAAGCACGCUGUGUCUGAGGGUACAAAAGCUGUGACGAAGUUCACAAGUGCUUAGCUGAAUCACAGUUCGUUUUCUAAUAGGUAUAUGCCUUUGCUGUAAUAUAACUCUAUUAACUGGACUUU